CUAGCCCUCCAGCUUCCGGGGGAGUCUAUGGCUCCAGACGUUUGGGAAGGGGAGGGGCCGAGCAAACGAAGCGAGCGAAGACUUCGGAGGCGCGCCUUCCGGAAAAUGCCGAAGCCUCCUCCGCCCUGCCCGAACCCUUUAUUCGUGCAAUGGCUCCGGGAGUGGCGCGACCAAGCGGCCGACCAGGGGCGCCUCCGCAGCCAACGGGCCUACGAGAGGUUUGCAACAGUUGAGAAUAAGAUCAAGCAAGCACGGCUGUAUUUAGGGAUGUCGGCUUUGGCCGUUCGAAGACUUUUAAUUUACCGUCCACACCCCAAACGAGAGGCUCCGGCUUCUUCUCCGAGGGAGCCAGAGGGAGACGGCAGCCCUCCCAGCGGUGGAAGCACACGGUUCAACGAUGUUCCAGAGGGACCGCCUUGCACGGGGCCGGCUCAAAGCCAAAGCAAACGCACCAAGCCCACGUCAGGCAAGACGGGCCGUCUUCCCCCUCGCCGUUCGCCCGCCUACGCUCUCCUGCUGGCUCUCUACCGGGACCGAACGAAUCCCAACUCCCGAGGUUACCUGACGAAACCAGAAUUACAAAGAGCCGCUCAGCCACUGUGCGAUAAAUCUUUCUCUCUGGUGGCUCCUGGGAGUAAGAACACGGCCUGGUCCACAGUUGGCUCUCUGAUUCGCAAGGAGCUAGUCCUCAAGACUAAUAUCCCAGCCAGGUAUUCUCUGACGGAGGCCGGGGUGUCUUUAGCCCAGCAACUGAUCGCUUUGGAAGUAGAAGAACCUAGCACACCAGCCUCAUCUUCAGUUGUGGCACCUAGAACCGGAGAGCUCCCACUGCUUUUGGAAGGAGAGGAUGAUGGGAGGCAGGAGGACAGGGAUGCUGCCCCGAAGUCAUUUCAGGGGGAGCCACAGACCGGACUGUAUAACCCUCAAUUUAUCUUUCAUCCUGGACAAUUUGAAAUUAUUCUUUGUGUGGAUUUUAUUGAGACCACAGGCGGCCCCACAUCCCGGAAGCAGGACUUAGUCAGAGAACUCCAGCGCAACGACGUGCCAUUCAGCAUCCGGAAGCUUCACGUGGGGGACUUCCUCUGGGUCGCCCGGAAAAGGGCCAGCCCGGUUGCAGGAGAACAACAGCCCGCAGCCGUUCAGGAGCUGGUGCUGGAUUACGUGGUGGAACGCAAAAGGAUGCCGGACCUGUGUAGCAGCAUCAUCGAUGGCCGCUUUCGUGAACAGAAGUUCCGUCUGCGACAGUGUGGCCUCCGGCACCCCAUCUACCUGGUGGAAGAUUCUGGGUCCGGGCAACACCUCAGCCUGCCAGAAAAAACUUUGCAACAAGCGAUUGUCAACACCCAGGUGGUGGACGGCUUCUUCGUCAAACGCACACGGGACCUCCGGGAAUCUGCUGCCUACCUGACCCUCAUGACGCGUCACCUGGCGAGACUGUAUGGGGACAGGACGCUCCUGAGCGCUACCAAGGAGGAAUUGGAGCGUGAGCGCCCCCUGCAGUCGAGUGACGGCUCCUGCUGCCUCCUGACCUUCGCCGAGUUUAAUGAAGGGGCCGUCAAGAACAAGGCCCAGACCGUGCGGGACGUGUUUGCACGCCAGCUCAUGCAGAUCGGGGGCAUCCGCGGAGAGAAGGCAGCAGCCAUCCUGGAGAGGUUCAAGACGCCGGCCAGUCUGCUGGCUGCCUUCGCCGCUUGCCCGUCUCGCCCGGAGCAGGAGCACCUCUUGAGUAACAUCAAAUGUGGCCCAUUGCAGAGAAACCUCGGUCCUGUCUUGAGCAAAACGUUGGCCCAGCUGUAUUGCACGCCCGGCCCUCUGCCGUGAAUCCCGAGGGAACGCCGUGCGAGAGACGGAGAGGUGGGAGGAGAAAUCGUUCCGCCUGGAUUCCGAGAAGGCCCGUUGUGAAUCCCACGGACUAAGGAAGGGGACCUUUGGAUCUAGCCUUAUCGGCCGCAAUGCACUUUCCUGCCCCAACCUUUCAAAGGGGCUAGGUUGGCGUUCUUGCUCCUCCCCAGACACACACAAACACACACAACACAACAAAACACCCUGCCCUGUGAGCAGCA